UGAGACUCAGACACACGACUCAACCCAUGAAUCACUUUUGCAAAUCACUUACCGUUUGAUGAAAUCGACACCAAAUUGACACCAAUUUGUCGCUCAUUUGGUUAUUAACACACAUUUCCACCAAUUGUUGCAUUCAGUGAAGUCCUCAAUCAUGUCGUCUAAGAAGCGAUUGGUUUACUCUAUCAUCCAGUUCUUGAGCGACGAACUCAAGAGCGACGGUCUUUCGCCGGACUCUAAAGAGUCGAUCGAAGUUGCUGUUCAAUGUCUUGAGGCGGCCUUCGAAGUCAACACAAUUGAUGGCACCCUUCAGACCAACAAGAAGUUGUCGACUAUAUUUGAAGACUACCUUAAAGACAACCAAAGUUCACCGGGAGUUCGACCACAGGUUGUGGUGACGGAAGAGCAGCGCAAAGAAGCGGAACGACUGAAGAAUGAGGGCAACGAACUCAUGAAGAGUGAACAGUUCGACAAAGCGCUCGAUAUGUACAGCCGGGCCAUCGAGUUGGAUGCCUGUAAUGCUGUCUACUAUUGCAACAGGGCGGCCGCGCACUCCAAACUCAAUGGUCAUGAGUUGGCGUUAGAGGACUGCAAGCGUGCCAUCAGUUAUGAUCCCAACUAUAAGCAGCGCAAAGAAGCGGAACGACUGAAGAAUGAGGGCAACGAACUCAUGAAGAGUGAACAGUUCGACAAAGCGCUCGAUAUGUACAGCCGGGCCAUCGAGUUGGACGCCUGUAAUGCUGUCUACUAUUGCAACAGGGCGGCCGCGCACUCCAAACUCAAUGGUCAUGAGUUGGCGUUAGAGGACUGCAAGCGUGCCAUCAGUUAUGAUCCCAACUAUAGUAAGGCAUACGGGAGGAUGGGUCUGGCGUUUGGUAACCUCAACGAUCACUCCAAGUCUCGCGACUGCUAUCGAAAGGCCGUAGAACUCGACCCAAACAACGAUAGCUACAGAAAUAACUUGAAAAUAGCUGAGGAGAAAGUGGCAGAAGCCGUAGAACUCGACCCAAACAACGAUAGCUACAGAAAUAACUUGAAAAUAGCUGAGGAGAAAGUGGCAGAACAAUCGUCACAAUUUGGGAAUCCCUUUGAUUUGAGUUCAUUGCUGUCGAACCCGGCGCUCAUGAAUAUGGCCACA